CCCUCCCACCCCCGCCCCCGGCUCUGAUUUCUUCUCCCGAGCGAGCUCGGCAGGAGACACAGGCGCUGGCGGCCCCGUCCGCUCUCCGCCUCUGCCGCGCCCUCCUCGCCCAGGAUGGGCCCCCCCACCGUCGCCGCCGCAGCCGUCGCCUCCUGGCCACAGCCUCCAUCGCCGUGCUCGCCCUGAAGCCCAGGCUGUCGCGCUGCCCGGGUCACCCCGCAGCCUCGCCCCUGCCCGGCCGAAGAGCGGGCGCAAUGCUGCCACCGGUGCCCUCCCGCCUCGCGCUGCUGUUACUGCUGCUCCUGUGUCCCGCGCACGUCGGCGGACUGUGGUGGGCCGUGGGCAGCCCCUUGGUCAUGGACCCUACCAGCAUCUGCAGGAAGGCACGGCGGCUGGCUGGGCGGCAGGCUGAGUUGUGCCAGGCAGAGCCAGAAGUGGUGGCAGAGCUAGCCCGGGGCGCCCGGCUUGGGGUGCGAGAGUGCCAGUUUCAGUUUCGCUUCCGCCGCUGGAACUGCUCCAGCCACAGCAAGGCUUUCGGGCGCAUCCUGCAGCAGGACAUUCGGGAGACCGCCUUCGUGUUUGCAAUAACUGCGGCCGGCGCCAGCCACGCGGUCACACAGGCCUGUUCCAUGGGCGAGCUGUUGCAGUGUGGCUGCCAGGCACCGCGCGGGCGGGCCCAGCCCCGGCCCCCAGGCUUGCCUGGCACCCCUGGGCCUCCCGGGCUCAUGGGUUCCUCUGACGCCAGCGCCGCCUGGGAGUGGGGAGGCUGCGGUGAUGACGUGGACUUUGGGGAUGAGAAGUCAAGGCUGUUUAUGGACGCGAGGCACAAGCGCGGACGCGGAGACAUCCGAGCUCUGGUGCAGCUACACAACAAUGAGGCUGGCCGGCUGGCCGUGCGGAGCCACACGCGCACCGAGUGCAAGUGCCACGGUCUGUCUGGCUCCUGCGCACUGCGCACCUGCUGGCAGAAGCUGCCCCCGUUCCGCGAGGUGGGCGCGCGGCUGCUGGAGCGCUUCCACGGCGCCUCCCGCGUCAUGGGCACCAACGACGGCAAAGCCCUGCUGCCGGCUGUUCGCACGCUCAAACCGCCGGGCCGUGCCGACCUGCUCUACGCCGCCGACUCGCCGGACUUCUGCGCCCCCAACCGGCGCACGGGUUCGCCGGGCACGCGCGGCCGCGCCUGCAAUAGCAGCGCCCCGGACCUCAGCGGUUGUGACCUGUUGUGCUGCGGCCGCGGACACCGCCAGGAGAGCGUGCAGCUCGAGGAGAAUUGCCUGUGCCGCUUCCACUGGUGCUGCGUAGUGCAAUGCCACCGCUGCCGCGUGCACAAGGAGCUCAGCCUCUGCCUCUGACCGGUCGCUGCCUCUCCAAACUGCGCAGCCACCUCUCGGCACUUGUAGCACUGCCUGGGCUCCAGCAGGGGGCGCUGCUGUGAAAGUCAACCUGUCAGGCCGGUGAGGCCGGGGUCCUGGGGUAUGCACCUGACCUACGAAGGUUGAGGCGCCAGAGGGCCGGUGGAAAGGCGCUCUGAGAGUUUCAGGGCGGGGGCUGCGACUAUACAGGCCAUCCCUCCCUUUAGCCCCUCGAGUGGAAAGGAAAAUUUGUCUCUAGGCCUCUGGAGACCGGACUCCUCUGAACUGCGGGCCAUGGGAUGCAUGGGUGAGGUCCUCAUCAAUAAAGAUAUUUAAACCCA